CUCCCACUCCGCUGGCUGGUGGCAUGGGUUGCUCAACAUCAAGAGUUCUUAGAGAUGACUCUUCUCUGACGAUCCGCCCGCCAAUGUCAGAGGACAACGGCGUUCAGGGUGCAAUGUUUGUUCGCGAAGUGCUCGACGAAGACGUCCACGAGAUGUACGACUUCACCGGCCCCGUGCUCGGCUCCGGGGCGUUCGCGACGGUGCUGCGGGUGAGGGACCACAUGUCCGGCGUCGAGUACGCCGUAAAGCAGAUCGACCUUUCGGGCAUCAAGGACGACCCGUCUACCAUGCGGAUGCUCUAUAAUGAAAUCAAGGGAAUGAAGGCUUUGAAUCAUCCGAACAUCGUUAGGCUGCAGGAGGUCUAUCAACCGAAGGACGAAGACAUGAUGUACCUCGUGCUCGACCGGUUGUCGGGGGGUAGCGUCGAGGCCCUGCGGAGGCAGAAGGGCCACCUCGAGGAGAACUUCGCCGCGUAUAUCGUGGCGCAGGUGGUGGAUGCCGUCCGCUACUGCCACUCCCUCAACAUCGUGCAUCGAGACCUCAAGCUGGCGAACUGCAUGUUCGAGGACGAGUCGGCGUCCCCCAUCGUGAAGAUCAUCGACUUCGGGCUUUGCAAGGAACUGAAAAACGGGGAGACGUCGAGCGCCUUCGUGGGGACCAUGACCUACGCAUCGCCGGAGAUGGUCAUGAAGAACAAGCGGCAUGGGAUUGAAUGCGACGUGUGGUCUGUGGGCGUCAUGGCGUACGCCCUGGUAGGCGGGCGGCUUCCCUUCAACGCGGAAGAUCCGGCGGCACUUCAGCACCAGAUCAAGUACUCGCAACAGUCCUACGCAGAUGAGACGUGGAAAGGCGUGUCGGCGCUGUGCCGAGACUUUAUCGACAAGUGCCUGCACAAGCUCCCGAAGAAGAGGAUGACGGCGAAGCAAGCGCAGCUGCACCCGUGGAUCAGGAAGGCGGCCAAGCAGAUGGAGGGGGCCCCGCUAAGCAAGGAUUCGAUGCUCGCCUUGGUCAACUUUCAAAAAACAAACCUAUUCGAGAAGGUGGCUCUUGAGCUGGUCGCAUACUCGUACGAGCCGUCUCAGAUCAAGGACUUGGAGUUGCGUUUCCGAGAGAUGGACAAGACAGGCAAGGGAUUUGUGACGCUCGCGGACUUCAAGGCCGCGGUCAUGGAGCUAAGGCUCUCCAUCGCCCAGAAAGAAUCGGGCGUUGCAGCAGCAGCACGGCCGGGCGAGAAGCCGGCGGGGGGAGAGCCAACGAACCCGGAGGUAGUGGCACCAAGCAACGGCAGACCGGUUGGGGGGGGGACGGAUAGUCGAGAAGAUGCAGAAGAAACACGUACAGCCGUGGCACCAGCGCCUCCUCCUCCCCCCGCUGCUGUCACCGCGCCCAACGAGGAGAGGCCGGGAGCAGCAGGGGCAGAAGAGGGGACAACAAGAGAGGAGACGGUUGUAGGAGACACGGAGGUGACGGGUGAUAGUGGCACCAGCGGUGAGGGGGCAGCGGCGAUAGCGACAGCGUCAGAAGACAACGGAGAGAGAGGAGAUGGCCCGACGGCAGAAGGGAAGCAGAAACCAACCGCGGUGGCGGAGGAGGAGCAAAGAGGUGGCGGGAGGGGGGCUGGUUUCGGCGCCGGGGCAGAGAGCGAGGCAAGGGCCCACCAGCAAGAGCGAAGAUCCACGACGACGUCGUCGGUGUCGAUGGAGGAGGUCGGUGCGCUCGUGAGUGACCUCAACGGCAAGGGCUCGAGCGCAGACCAUCCUGUGGACCCGUCCGAAAGACGGCUGUACCGCACACAGAGCAGCAGGUCGCGCACCAUUGGAGGCCUGGAUGAGGAGGGGGUGGAGCGUAUCUUCGAGGCGAUGGACGUAGACAAGAGCGGCGAGAUCAGCAUCACCGAGUUCGUCGCAGCUUCCUUGGCGAAACAGCAGAUCAACACCAGGGCCAUCAAGGCUGCCUUCAGGCGACUAGACUACGGCCGGACGGGGUUGAUUACGGCGGCGGACAUGAGCAUGUACCUGGGUGAGACCUUCGACGAGAGCAAGAUGCAGCAGUACAUGAGGGAGGUCUCCAGCCGGGAGGAUGGCUUGGUAAAUCUGGAAGAUUUUUCCAAGUGCCUCAAGGCGCACGUCCUGAAGAAGGAGGGUUCCUCGUCGCGAGGCAGCUCAAGAAGGGUGACGAACGAGAGCAUUGACCGACCAAAGAUAAACUAAAGCGAGGAGUCGACGUGUCUUGGAAUGCUCCUUGGAACGAUGCUCGUUCGCGGAAAAGUGGAGUUCGUUUGGCCCUGCCCAGGGAGCCUCAAGUGCAGCAGGUCGACAGCAAGAGCAGCAGUAGCAGCAGCAGCAAUCACGAUGAGUUGACGUCAACAGCGUUCCCCAGUGCCUGCCCGCCUUGGCGCACCUCAGCAACUCCGGGCAGGAACACGACUACGGGAGAAGAAACGGGGACUCGUCCAGCACGCGCGGCGGUCUAGACUGCUGCGCAGCGGAGGGCUGGACGCGAUAGUACGCGAACAGCGAGGCAGUUCUCGUUGCUCGUUGUCCCGCCAUUGUCGGCAUGCCUCCCACCGCAACGUUGACUAGGGGGGCGAACCUCUAUCGGACGACCCGGCCCCUCACGUUUUGCGAAGGACCAUUUUUUUCUGGGGUUUCUCCCCGAGAGAGAGAGAGAGAGAGAGAGAGAGAGAGAGAGAGAGAGAGGCGUAUUCUAAAUCAUAGGCGAACCGUUUUUGGUGGCCGAGAGGCUGAGGGGGGUGUCCGCCGGUGGCAGUCCGACGAACGGAUCGUCAGCUUCGUGGAUGGUUCCGUUCCAACGGGGAUUAGUUGGAAACCCUAGGGUGGUGUGGCGUGCUUUUUUUGUCGCCGUUUUUCUCUCAGGCAAUGGUGGCUCUUCUUUCUUGUUCUUGCUGUUGCCUUUUGCCUUGUCGACGUUCCGACUGCCCCGUGGUGAGGCGGUGAGGUACAAGAAAUCUGCGUCUAGCAGAGCAAAGAGUUUGUGCUCCUGGAACGACGCAUGCCGGCGUUUUUCAUUAGUUGCUGCUGCUGUUGCUGUUUGCUGCUGCUAACGCUACUAACGCUGCUGACGCUGCUAACGCUGCUAACGCUGCUGUCGCUGCCGCUGCUGCUGCUGCUGUGUGUAGCAAGACAGCCGACCGGCGCCUUGAGAUAUAGUGUAUACUGAAGGAAAUAGUGUAAUGAUAAAAGGUAUACAAGACUCCCUCCUGGAGUUAGGUAGCUUGCCUCCCGGGGGCGAGGCAACAGGACAUGGUCGAUGUCAUCGCGGUCGCAACGUUGCAUCUCAACGUCAUGACGUUCGGUACGUGAGUGCCGGUUUUGCAUACAACCUGCAGAGUUUGCCUGGAAUUUUGCAUCAUGUGCGGGAUAUUUUUUUUUUGUCGCCGUGAAUUUUGGCGGGUGUGUGAGUAGGUGCGUUGUGGCUAGGGAAGUCUUUGCCGCAGGUCCUACUGCUGUAAUCCGCGGCGUUUGAUCACUCGCUCCUAUGUGUUCGUGUCGUCCAUGGUCGGUCGCCCCGGUGGUCUUGUUGGUAUCCUCGAAACCUUCUAUUGGGAGGUCAGGGUCAGGGGUCCGGAUCCCGGCGUAAGCGAGCUUU